CAAUGUACUAAGAAUGGACUGGCCCUGGGAGUAUUCCUUUCCUCCCUUCUUCACUCUUCAGCCUCAUCAUCCUUCCAGGCAGAAGCAAAUACAGUCAUGGAAACAUCUUGUUAUAGCAUACUGUCAGGUAAACACAUUAUCUGUUCUUGAUCUAGCAGAAGCUGGAGAUCUUCCUCUCUUUCACAAUCAGACAUUAGAUAGAAGACUAGGAAUUCAGGAGAUCAGGGAGGUAUGUGAGAGUUUAGAAUCUAGUGGAAAUCUUGAAUGGACGGAUAAAUCUAAAACUAGAGCGUACAUAUUCUGGAAAUCUCCGCCACAACUUGGAAUGGAGAUUUACAGAUGGGUUCAAGAGACAGGACAAACUGGAACUGUGAUGACACUGACAGAGCUUCAGGAGGAAGGUGAGAACGGUAACUCCUGGAAGGGGGUCAGCCACGAGAUCAUACUGAAAGCUCUCUUGGCGCUCCAGAAGGAGAAGAAGGCGGAGGUGUUUGAGGACGAGGACGGAGUAAAAUUCUUCUAAGAACUAAAUUAAUCUAGUGAUUCUCUAUCUAGUUAUCAUUAUUAUCGUGUUCUACUAUUUACAUGAAAUGAAUUGACACUGUAAAUCUAAAUGAUUAUCAAAUUGAUAUGAAUUUGCUUUCGUACCAACGAACAAAGAUAUUUUUCCUUUUAUUUAUGAAAUGAAUUGCAGA